AUGGCUGAGUUGCUUUUCAUUUCUCCAAUCGCUAAGAAGGAUAUCAAGAGACCAUCAUGGAGAGGUAUCCCACGCAUUUCUUUCACACGCCCAGCUGUCGCUGCUGAAGUCGAUCCAAUCGCUAAACCAGCUUGCAAUGCUAAGGCUGUCGAAACACGCGCCAAUCUUAAGGUCGGAACAGUCGUAAUCAUCGUUGGUGGUGAACACCAGGGCAAGCGCGCCGUUGUUGUCGCUGACCAGGGUGCUGGUAUCGUUAAAGUUGCUGGCCCAGUUGUUCCAGUUAACGAAAUUUCUCAGGACUACCUUAUCGCUACAUCAACAUCAAUCGAUGUUGCUGCCAACGCUACAGAAGCUCAGGUUGAAGCUGCUGCCGCUAAAGUCCCAGAAAUGGUUGAUUACCUUAAGGCACCAUUCACAAUCAAGAAGGGCAAUCGCAUUCAUUUGAUGAAGUUCUAA